AUGCCUGCCUUACUUCUCCAGAAGCCAACAUUCAAGUCAGAAGCAAAGGAACACUCCCAGUGUUUGUUAAGGCAUUUGACACAAUGGGAACUUGGUAUAUGUUAUGAAUUCUUUCGUGAGGGUAGUGCGACUCAAGCCAAAUUGCUAACAAACCUCAAGGGUCUAAAUGAAGAGCAGUUAGCCAAAACCUUUGCUAAGCUUGUGCUUGAAGGAAAGAUAAAUACUGCUAAGAAACUCUUGGAUCAACAGAGUAAUAGAGGUGUAUUCCCUCCAUCCCAAAGCACCAUAAAUGAGCUAAAACGGAAACACCCAGACGCAAGGGAAGCCGAUCCAUCACUGUUAAUGGAUGACCAUCCGCCGUUUGUCGACCCUGUUAUGUUUCAAACAGAAUCUACCAUUGCAAAUGCAGCCCUAAAGACAAGGGGGUCUAGGGGGCCCUCUGGCUUAGAUGCAUAUGGGUAG